GAAAUUCAAUCUAUAUUAAGAUCCGAACAUGUAAAUAUUUCGUGUGAAGACACGAUGUUGUUGGAUCAGAAACCGACUCCGAACGGAUAUUUUUUAUCGUCGCUGGUGAGUAGUUGGGGCCCACCACCCAUGUGCCCUCCCUCCUCUCUCCACCAGCUACUGCCCGUUCAAUGAUUAGCUCCCUGUUCCCUCUUCUCCCCCAAAACCCCCAUUUUCUAUCUCUAAACUCCUCCAAAGUUCAAACCUACACUCACAAACCACAAAUACAUCCCCACAGUUUCUCUCUCUACUAAUUCUGCUUCACUUACGAUUCCAUUGUCGCUUCGCUUGAUCAUGUCAACUAUAGAGGGAGCCACUAAUGGAGUAUCAAAUGGCGCCAUAAUUGACCAGCAGAGGCAGCAGCCGCAGGAGAACGGCGCUCUAGUAGUGAAGAAACCGCCGUCUAAGGACCGGCACAGCAAGGUAGACGGUCGUGGACGGAGAAUUCGGAUGCCGAUUAUUUGUGCGGCCCGCGUGUUUCAGCUCACACGCGAGCUAGGUCACAAGUCCGAUGGUCAGACCAUCGAGUGGCUGCUCCGCCAGGCUGAGCCCUCAAUCAUCGCGGCCACUGGAACUGGUAUUACUCCGGCUAGUUUCUCCACGGUUUCUGUCUCUGUUCGAGGGGGAAACUCUACCUCCUUGACUUCCACCACUUCGUCCAAUCUUUCGUCCCUUGAUCACAAGCCCUUGCUUGGUCCACCGUUUAUACUCGGCAAGCGAGUUAGGACCGACGAUGAUAACGGCAAGGAUGAUGGGGGUGGUAUGACGAUGGGGCCCACCAUGGGUUCGCUAGCGGGACAAACGACUGCUGUGCCGGCAGGAGGUUUUUGGGCGUUGCAGCCACGGGCGGACUUUUGGGGCUUUGCUGCUGGACCGCCGGAGAUGGUGUCUCAACAGCAGACCCUAUUUAUGCAGCAACAGCAGGCUGCGGUUGCGGCUGCCAUGGGGGAGGCAUCGGCAGCGAGGGUCGGAAAUUACCUUCCGGGACAUCUCAAUUUAUUGGCUUCGUUGUCAGGUGGACCGGGUAGUUCAGAUCGGAGAGAGGAUGAUCCGCGUUGAUGUUUGGUACAGAGGACUGGUGGUUGCGUUGUUGGUUGGUAUAUAUAUAUAUAUGAAUAUGGUCAUGUGUAUGCUUCUUAUUAUUUCUGUGUGUGAAGAUGGGAAAGAAAGCGGAUUUUAGGGUUAGAAGUUUAGGAUUUGGAAACUUAAGUAUGAAUUAAUGCAUUCAAUUAGGGUUUGUUAGUGAUCAAUGGGAGAUUGACCAGCAUUUUGAAGUUCAAAUUGUUUACGUUUUGAGGAGGUUUUGUUGGAGGAGAGUUGGAGCAAAGCACUAUGUUUGGAGAUUGGAAAUCGCGGUACAAUUGAAAGGGUGUUGUGGGAUUUGGGGUUUUAUUUGAAUUCCGUGAUUGCCUUGUUUGUACUGUGUGGGAAUAGCAGAUGGUGCUAAGUCUGAAAUUUCUGUGUGUGUGUGUGUGGAAGAAUUAGGUAUUUCUUGUUGCUUCAAGGAAACAAUGAAUGAAUUCUGAAGUUGAAGAGAAAAUGGUUCCCUUGUUUUGUUACAGAAUUUGUUCUCUCUAAGUCAUAAUUUAGUGUGUAUUUGUAGUCAAUUCAUCAACUGCCUUGGAAUAUUUCACAGUCUGGAUUCGUUCCAAUUCUCUAUGGCCGGCAGGGAUUGUUUUCUUGGCUGCAAGUUGGAUUACCACAGAAGGUUAUUAGGUGUUUACUUUAUGAUUGGAUAUGACAGUCACAAAUUGUCUGGACUCCAUCUCUUCCAAUUUCACUGCCUUUGUUUUGGUCUGGUGAUCUCAAGAAAGAGAGGUGCUCUGUGAGAGAUGAAAGGCUCUGGAUGCCUCUCUGCAAUACCUCUGUUUUGGAAAAAUUCUUUUUAGUAUUCUUAGCCAUUUAUUCUCAGAUUUAUCUGUUGUGUGAAAAUAAUGUGUUGCAUGUACGUAGAUGGAUUGUUUUUGGGAAACUCGUUUGUUUCUUUGGAAUCCUAUUUUCUUGCUCCUUCCUUCCUGUUUGUGUGUGCACUCAAUGUAAAUAUGAACUUAUUGACUAAUAAUGUCAGUCUGCCUUGCUUUGUUUGAGUU